AUAAAAUCUUUUUUGUAGGUCCAAAUUUUUGUUUACCUUUAAAAUGUCUUUUGUUGUGCGGCAUUUGGUGGGUUUCUUGUGUCUGUAUUUAAUUGCUUGUAGUGCCAGCAGUGAUGUUGUGGGCAUUCACCAAUGUACGGAGCUGCUCAACACCCAAAAGUUGGUCUACUGUUGUGGAAAGUCUUUUCUUGAUAAGUUCCUGUUCGUGGGCACAAAUUGUACACCCUAUUGGGAUGACUUUGGCCCGUGCCGCUAUGAGUGUCUGUAUAAGCACUGGGAUCUCCUUGAUCAGGAUCACAAGAUCAAGAAGCCGGAACUCUACAUGAUGAUCACUAGCUUGUACAGUCCCUUGAAUGGCUAUCAUAAAUAUGGAACCGCUUUGAAGGCUGCUCACGAGAUCUGCGAGUCCUUGGGUUCGAGACAUGCCGACUUCUUGUUGCUCUACAACAACCAGAUAGCGGAUCAUAUGGGCGUGGGCACCUCCAACUGUUUGCCCUAUGCCAUGCUCCAUGCCCAGUGCACUACGAUUUAUCUGACCGCCGACUGUCCCAGCGAAUAUUGGCGGCCGGAGCAGGAGUGCAAUGAUCUGAAGAGAUUGCUAUCCAGUUGCACCAAGAAACUGGACGAAAGUAAAGAAGAAAUCCAGGAAAAACAUGAUGACUUGGGAGGUAAUGGGUGUGGUCACUCACUAUCAAAGGGAAUGCUUUUGGCCAGCUUUUUAACCCUGAUUAUCUCAAAGUUCUUGUCUGAUGACUGA